ACGCUGGUCCACCAAUCGCGCUGUGUUUAUGUCGGGCUGCUAAAUAUUUAUGAGGCGAGUCAGGCGGCGGCAGCAGCAGCAGCAGCGGGGGAGUGGAGCGCUAGGCGGCAGCAGCAGCAGGGGACAGUGACCCGGGCGGGGUGUAUGAGACCCUGGCUAAGGUGCUCUGCCACAGUCUAUGCAGGCGUCAUACAGCCAUAUAAUAUAUAUACAGGCCGCUGCCCUGAUCAUCCUCCUCCUGUACAGGCGCCGGUGACUGGGAGCAUGCCAGUGGGCCUAGCCUCAGCCCUCACCUCCCCGCAGUGACCGCCGCUUCAUCUCUGCGCUAUCCGCCCUCCCAGCACCACCCCAGGCCGGGACCUGCUCCAGUCUCCUAUGUGCAGGGGAGAAGAAUGAGAGAGAAUGAGCCAGAGAGACACCCUGGUGCAUCUGUUUGCUGGAGGGUGCGGGGGCACUGUUGGCGCCAUAUUAACAUGCCCAUUGGAAGUAGUGAAGACCAGGCUGCAGUCCUCAUCUGUGACUUUCUACAUCUCUGAAGUACAGUUGAACACCAUGAACGGUGCCAGCGUCAACAGAGUGGCGCGAGUGUCCCCCGGACCACUGCACUGCCUCAAGAUGAUUUUACAGAAGGAGGGUCCUCGCUCACUGUUCAGAGGUCUGGGCCCCAACUUAGUGGGUGUGGCUCCUUCCAGGGCCAUCUACUUUGCAGCUUACUCAACCUGUAAGGAAAAGCUGAACCAUGUGUUUGCAGCAGACUCCACACAAGUCCAUAUGGUCUCUGCUGGUGCCGCAGGUUUCACUGCGAUAACUGCUACCAAUCCUAUUUGGCUGAUUAAAACGCGGCUACAAUUGGAUGCAAGAAACCGAGGUGAGCGGCGGCUGAAUGCUUUCGAAUGUAUUCGAAGAGUAUACAAAGCAGAUGGCUUGAAGGGUUUUUACAGGGGCAUGUCUGCCUCCUAUGCUGGCAUCUCUGAAACUGUUAUCCACUUUGUAAUUUACGAAAGUAUUAAACGCAAAUUGUUGGAACAGAAGUCUGCAUCAAUGAUGGAUGAUGAUGAGGAGUCUGCGAAAGAGGCUUCUGACUUUGUUGGGCUCAUGUUAGCAGCAGCAACUUCCAAGACUUGUGCCACCUCCAUAGCAUACCCACAUGAGGUUGUACGGACAAGACUACGUGAAGAGGGAACAAAAUACAGGUCCUUCUUUCAGACCCUGUCACUACUUGUGAAAGAAGAAGGCUACAGUUCCCUCUACCGGGGCCUCACAACGCACCUGGUUAGACAGAUUCCCAACACAGCGAUAAUGAUGUGCACAUAUGAGGUGGUUGUCUAUCUUCUGGAUGGAUAGCAGCCCAGCAUCAGUUCUCGUGUCUGUGAAGAACAUGGGAGACCAAAGGAUUGAAAGUGGACCAGGGAGCCUCUACAGGAAAAAGAAAAGUGACGAUGACUGUCAGCAAAGACUCAAAGAAACCACCACGGAGUGUUAUAGCUGCUUCUGGAAGCUCUCUUGCCUCCUCCUUUUGUGUGGUCAUUGGCUACUCAUACAAUGUAAUAGAGAGGGUGUCAGAAUGGGGAAAAUCCAUUCAUUUCAGAAUUACAAUUUUCACAUUAUGUGGGGCAGUCCAUUUGGUUUUGCAAACCUAGACAUGUAUGAUAGGAUUGAAGUUGCCUACAGAUAUUCUGUGUUUUACAAUGUACAAAUGGCAGGAGAACAGGCCAGCGUUUUAUCUGCGUACUGUAAAACCUGCAGAGUGCUCACCAUAUGCAUAUCGUUUGUGUGCAUGCCUUCCUGCUGUGUGUCUGACCUCUCCAAGAGACGAGCUGUGUGAACUGGGGUUGAAAUUGUUGUGGUAUUCCAUUAUUUAAUGUGUGUCCCAUCAGACUGGAUAAUGUUCUCCUUGUACUGACAUGCAUCAGCUCCAUGUGCACUUCCUUUCCCUGACCAAAGUAAAGAUGGCAUCAGAACACAAACUCCUGGAAUGCAAUUAUGGAAUGGUCUUAACCCUGGUAGAAAGCACUUAAGGUUACAACCUUCUUUGAAAAUAUACUGUGAAAGUUUGCACAAAUAUUAUCUGACCAUG